AUGGGUACACAAAUACUCCAAGAGUCCGACCCGGACGGCCAGAUCCUAGAACAAGGAGGCGCAUAUUCCCUCGUAGCCCUCUUCACCAAAAACAUGCGCUUUGGCCGCAACCACCAAGAACACAACAUCGAGGCCAUCUCCGAUCAAGUGAUCAAGCGCAUCGCAUCAUACGAAGAGAAGCGCCGCGGAAACGAGUACAUAUUUCCACCCCUCAUCCUCACCGGCAAACGCAGUGACUGCAACACCUACAACUAUCGCCCUGGCGUUCCAGGUGGUCUCGAAGACUCCCUCGAGCAUCUGUUUCACACCAGUCCCGCGGAGAACCUGGCGGCACACUGUGAGACCUACCUCUCAGUCCUCGCGUUCUGGAAUAUGCAAGCGUUCCCACAGAAGGUCGAGUGGCGUGGCAUAAGGGGCGAGACGGCGCGGGAAAGGCGGGAGUCGAUGGGUGGAGGCCCUGUCGGGGCAGACUGGAAGAACGGCGAUUGA